CCUGUUUUUAGAGGAGCGGGGACUCCUUUCAGCAACAUUCUUCACUGUCCAGCCUUCUCUUGGGGAGGUAUAAACUACAUUUCUGAGCAUUAUCGUUAGAGUUUUUGCUUGCUAUAUUUUCAGCUGACUAACUUUGAUCACUUUUGUAUUCUGGCUCUCGUAUCCAGCUGACUAAAGUAUUCGCGCCACAAUAAGAUCGCCUUCAGCUGCCUCGGUAAGGUAGAGCUUAUACUGGCUAGCCUACAUUAGCCAGCUGCUACCAGUAGAUUUACGGCUUAUAUCCGUAGCUGUCCUGCCAGGUCGAUCAACUAAAGCUGGAGGCGCUGGUUAGCCACAAUGGUCUGGUCAGUUGUACGAUUAAUUCUUGAGUAAUGACAUUGGCAAUUAAUUGAUAUUUUUUGGGGAACAAACCAGCGGAGCCUUUGUUUGGCUUUUGCGCAGCCUGACAGGUUUGGCCUGUUUCAUUGUCUCCCAACAGCGAAAACGCAGAAGUUGUUUUCGGGUUUUUUUUGCUAGCUCGGCUCACUCAGCCGCGUUCGUGUAAACAAAGCCGUCAGCUGUCGACUUCAGAUUAUCUACCUAGAGCAGUAUGGCGCAACACGACCCCUCUCAUGUAGCCAGCUCACAGAAAGCACUCAUGCUGGAGAUGAAGAGUCUCCAGGAGGAACCCGUCGAGGGAUUCAAAAUAACACUGGUGGACGAGGCUGACUUAUACAACUGGGAAGUGGCCAUUUUCGGGCCACCAAACACUCAUUAUGAAGGGGGGUAUUUUAAGGCUCGGAUCAAGUUCCCUAUAGACUACCCAUACUCUCCUCCUGCUUUCCGCUUCCUCACCAAGAUGUGGCACCCCAACAUCUAUGAGAAUGGGGAUGUGUGCAUCUCUAUAUUGCACCCUCCAGUGGAUGACCCUCAGAGCGGAGAGCUGCCUUCGGAGAGAUGGAAUCCCACCCAGAACGUCCGGACCAUUCUGCUAAGUGUGAUCUCGCUGCUGAAUGAACCCAACACCUUUUCUCCUGCCAACGUGGACGCCUCCGUCAUGUACCGCAAGUGGAGGGACAGCAAAGGCAAAGACCGGGAGUAUGUGGAGAUCAUCAGGAAACAGGUGCUGGCCACCAAGGCAGAAGCAGAGCGCGACGGCGUAAAGGUUCCCACCACGCUGGCCGAGUACUGCGUCCGGACGCGCGCCCCGCCCCCCGACGAGGGCUCCGACCUCUUCUACGACUAUUACUACGACGACGACGACGUGGAGGGCGGCGACGGCGACUGCUGCUACGACGAAGACGACUCGGGCAACGAGGAGUCGUGACAUGCUUUCCUGACGCAACGCCCGAUCUAGCUGACGUACGCGACCCCUUUCUUUCUGCCCGGGUUGCCAGAUAUUCUAGGUUCACAACCAAGAAAGAUUUGAAGCUUCCCUCCUCUAAACCAAUAAGAGCUUUUCUUUUUUUCUUUUUCUUUUUUUUUCCUCAAGCCUCUGAAUUUGUUUCAGGGGUUGAAAUUCGCUGCCGAGCUGUGGAAGAGUCAGACCCGGUAAGAUUUGCACCAGCACAAAAGUCUCCACUUUUCUUCAGUUUUGUGAACAGCUUCGUUGUCAUCACCUAAAACCUUAUUUUAAGAGAAUCACGUCACCUCUUGCGUAAUCCCGUUGAGCUGCUCGGCCCCAUAUAUAGUGUAAGGUGUCGUGGGGUGAAUGCCACCAUCAACAAAACCCAACAUUUGCACUGGUGCAAACACUCCUCUACACGACAUGUCUCAGCCUCUCUCUUGCAUAUCUUUAUUUCCCCUAAUUGUAACCGGGCGUCGCUCGCCAGUAGUUGGACUCGGACUGAGAGAAGAUCGAGGACGUGGAGCGGCCCCGUUUGUGUCCCACGGUGUACACUGUCCAAACCGUUUCGGGACGAGACACGAACUGUCACGCGGCGGUGUUUUUAAAAGUUCUUGUGCAUGCCGGAAGCUUUUCGUCGCGCUCACUGGUGGAACGUUUACCUGCAUCGUGAUCCGUUCUCGGCUCUGUGACCAACGAAGACGAUGGAGGACUCUCUCCCCGAUCGACCGCCUGGCUGAAUCAGUGGGUCGGAUCCUCAUGUGAACAUUUUUUGCGAACAUGAAAUUGAUCUUCGCCGUGUUUCUCCUGGUUAAUGUUGGACGUGUUUCUGUCGUUUUUUUGAGUGUGGGGGGUGGGGGGGGUUAUGUUAUUUCAAGUAGCUCAGAUUUAGUAAAUCUUGUUGGGGGGAGUUUUUCAAGGGGGGGUCGGAACUAAUAAUUGAUGAGAAUCGUAUUUGUCCUCAGGGUCAGUCUCUGAGGCCUCACGGACCCAAAGACCUAAGGCAGUGUGGGAAAGAAAGCCCGUCUCAGUUUGCUCUCCUCCAAGCUUCAUAAUAUUAGUCUUUGGUUAGACUUUACACCUGCGCCCUUCACUUGAGAAUGAUUUAUGUGAUUAUUAGGUCAUUUGUGGGGGGGUGGGAGGGGGAACUUUUAGGCAGUGUCUGUUAAAGGUGUUGUUGCUGUAACAGGAUUAUCGGAGUCCCUGGAAGAGAACAAGAACAAGGCUGCCAUGUUUUAUCUUUCAUUACUAUUCUUUGUGUUAGACGAGCGGACGGGUUUUGAUAUUAUUUUUAGAGCGUAUGCGUGUCCUCUUUGUGUAAUUUCUCAUCAGCAAUAUCGGUAGAUUUAAUUUUACUUAUUAAUUAUUGGCACGUCAUACUGAAUUUCUCAGGAUAAUGAAUUACGUGUGACGAAAAACUAUUACGACGAGCAAUUGUUUUCCUCAUUAGGUCAGUCUGCAGUGUUGGUUUACAGCUUCAACGGGAACCACAAACCGAUAUGCACAUGUAGCUGUAUGGAUGAUCACCGUGUCGUUUGAUCCACCCGUGUCUAUUUUUUAUUUUCGGCUAUUUAAAACAGAUAAAAAUAAAGGUUUAUUUGAAAAUGGAAA